CCACAUUGUACGUCCGUACAUAUCGACCUUGCAAAAGAACCAAAAAAAAAAAAAAAUAUGACCGCCAUCUCGCCGGGCGACCACGAGGGCUACAUGCGGCUCGCCCUCGAGCAAGCGCAAAAGUCGCCCCCGAAGCCGACCAAUUACCGCGUGGGCGCCGUCCUGGUCGAUUCAGCCGCCAACGAGAUCCUCGCGACAGGUUACACCCUCGAGCUGCCGGGCAACACCCACGCGGAGCAGACCUGCUUCACGAAGCUGGCCCGGAAGCACGGGGUCCCCGAGGAGAGCCUCGGGGAGGUGCUGCCGGCCGAGCUGGCCCUCUACACCACCGUCGAGCCCUGCUCGAAGCGGCUGAGCGGGAACCUGCCGUGCGUCGAGAGGGUGCUCCGGCUGGCCGGGUCGAUCCGGGCCGUCUACGUGGGCAUCACGGAGCCGGACACGUUCGUGGCCGAGAACACGGGGAAGCGGACCCUCGAAGCCGCCGGGAUACCCGUCAUUCAUGUCAAGGGUUUCGAGAGAGAGAUCCUGGAGGUCGCCACUGCUGGUCACGUCAAGGAGUGACGACUGAGCCGGGAUUCGCCCGAGUGCGGAGCAUCCGCAUGUGUGUAGGCAGGCCGAUGCUGGCGCUGAAGAGAUGCAGAUAUUUCGGCGUCCAUGAGGAAUUGGGUAGAUUUUAAGGGAUACUGGGACUGAUGGGGGUUUCUGGCUUCUCCCCCCAAGAUGAUACGGAGUACAGGUGUGCCCUCUAUUCCGAGGGUGCCAAGGGUACUCGCGGCUUGGCGGCAGUACCUCUUAGAUGCCGCACAGCGCUCGGAUGCAGGACGAAUCACAUGGUUCGACAUUGCAUGGACCGCACGUUGAAUGCUUUCCUAUGCCAGAACUAGUUUACUUUUAGUUAAUUCGCAAAUAUAAAGAUGACCAGGAAUAGGACCCUGGAUAUUAAAGGGAA